AUUCAAUUCGUAACGUGUUGAGUACGUACAUAAGAAUCCCUGUCUAGUUCUGUUUAGCGGACAUUGCUCCCUCUUUUCGUAGUCUUCUUAUUUACAUUAUACAUAUGGGUGGACAAUCUAUAUGACCAAGACCAAUACAUCAUUGGGGGUCACCGGUCAAACAAGUUCAAGUAUUCUAUUCCAUGUAUGUAUUUCAUUCAGCUUAUUCAAGUUUUUGUGACUGAUUUAACGUUGAACCAAAACACAAUUACCGACGACCGACCCAUAAAGUUUGUAAUGUAAAACAUUCUCAUUAGCCUUGAAUUUUGGAUUCAUUCGCCUGCCUGUUUUAAAUAUUUAUGAUAUACAUUACGGUGCUACUUUACUAAAUUUUCAAUAAAAAUUCAUUCCACUCAGAAGAAGUUUGUCAUUGAAGGAAGGUAAAAUAAUAAUUAAUUAUGGUUCAGGUUGAGGUAUAUAACGUAAGAAACAAGAAACUAGGAGAUAUUUCAGCAUUUAACAGCUCAAAGGUAGGAGAAAUAAAAAAAGAAAUAGCGAAAGUUGCAAAAAUCGCAGUAGAACGUCAGUCCCUUAGAUCUGAAGCCAAGGGAAAAGAUUUGAAAGAUGAUUUAACGAUUCCGAAUCUAGAAUCACUAAGGAAAGUCUAUGUAAAGGAUUUAGGACCCCAAAUAGGAUGGAAUACCGUGUUUCUAUUGGAAUAUGCAGGUCCAUUGUUUAUUUAUGCAGCUGUAGCUACUAGGCCAUGGAUUCUUUAUGGAACUUAUUCUAAUGAACCUGAAAUUACUACAACUGCUAAAAUUGCCCUUGCAUGCUGGAGUGUGCACUAUUUGAAAAGAAUUCUAGAAACUUUAUUUGUACAUCGCUUUUCCCACGGUACAAUGCCCAUAAGGAACCUUUUCAAAAACUGUGGUUACUAUUGGGGUUUUACUCUUUAUGUAGCUUAUCAUACAAAUCAUCCUCUAUUUACACCACCACCAUUACUGUUUCAGAUGGUUGGAUUGGGUUUGUUUGCUAUUUGUGAAGGUGGCAACCUAGCUUGCCAUGUUUUGUUAAGGAAUUUGAGACCUGCAGGCAGCACAGUCAGAAAAAUCCCUAAGCCUGAUAGAUGUCCCCUAAAUAUUCUGUUUGAUUAUGUUUCAUGUCCCAACUACACCUAUGAAGUUGGUUCCUGGAUUGGUUUCACCAUAUUAACCUCGUGCAUACCUGCUGGUUUAUUUACAGCAGCUGGAGCCUACCAAAUGACAAUAUGGGCUCUGGGAAAACACAGAAAUUACAAGAAGGAAUUCUCUGAUUAUCCAAAACAAAGAAAGGCUAUUAUUCCUUUCAUUCUAUAAAUUUAUUUAUUUUCUUAGUUGUUAUUUCAGUGUCUUAAGUUAUGGUCGGUAAAUCGGUUUAAUAAAUGUUUUUUUUUCUAA